UUUUUUGUUGUCUGUAUGUUAAAUCUUAAUUAUUUUUCAAAUUUUAUAUUAAAAAAGGCUUUAAAAGUUGGUUUAGUAGAACAUCAUCACUGGUUUUUAACUACUUCUUUAGAUUUACGUUAUAUGAAUAUGGAAUUAUUUAGACAUAAUAAUGCUAGAUUUAUUGGCCUUGAUCCAACAGAUUUUUCUGGUGGUUAA